UACAGUCAGUCAGUUGUCAGUUGAGAUUUUCCAAACGUGACUUCAUGUAACAUUAGCAGCACACGAGAACAUACGGGUAUUAAUUACGAGAUUGUUGAGUUUUAAAAUUUGACGCAUCUUCCCACGGGUGGAAGUGGAUCCAUUAUCGUUUAUUGUGUUCAGAGCUUGAUUUGGUUCAUCACCGUUUAUUUAAAAAAAAAUAAUAUUUCAAUACUCGUUUAAAUUAUGAUUUAUUAUUGCCCCACUGUUAAUGUCGUUUUUAUUUUAUCGGCAGUUUUGUGUUUGGUUCUUCCAUGUAUGCGGAUUACAUCAUUUUAUACGUGCUGUCGAACACGAUGAAUUUGUGUUUUUUAAAACAUGGGGCAUAACUCACUCACGCCAGGGCAAACAUUAACCAUUUUCAACAGAAGCUAAAAAAAAAUAAUUAAAAAAAUUAAUGAUUAAAUUCGAUCAAGUAUUUAUCGUGACGACUCAAUAGACAGUUUAUGAAACCACAAGAAGUCAUCAGCGCGCCACCACCAUGUCUAACAGAAGCUACUCAUUCGAAGCCAAACACAUGGAUGGGAAGUCAGAGGGACACCAACAAGACAAAGACAUUCCCUUGGAAGAUGACUCAACUCCUACAGUACGAUGAAUUGUAUCACUUUAUAUCCUUAUACAUAUACAGCCAGUAAAGCUUGUGACAUGAAGUGUAUAUUAGUUGUCUUGUCUUAAUGUUAAUGUAGAGAUAAAAGCAAAUUGCUAUAAAAAUAUUUCAAAAUGUUAAAAAUACCUUUCACUCUUCUUAUUCAGAACGGAUGGACCUUCAAGUAUAUCCUGAUUAUGUUUAGUGCCUACCUCACCAUCCCAGGGAUCUCCUAUACGAUAUCUUCACUAAAUGCACCUACAGAUGUAAGUAACUCUACCAUUAAAGUAAAAUUUAAAAAAAAAAAACAUUUAAACAAUCUUAUUAUUAUUAUUCACUCUUUAUUUCACAAAUGUCAGAGUAAAAUAAUUAAAAAAAUAUUUGAACAACAUUAUUAUUAUUAUUAUUAUUAUUCACUCUCUAUUUCACAAAUGUCAAAGUAAAAUAAUUUUAAAAAUAUUUGAACAAUAUUAUUAUUAUUAUUAUUCACUCUUUAUUUCACAAAUGUCAAAUUAAAAUAAAUUUAAAAAAAUCUUUGAACAAUAUUAUUAUUAUUAUUCACUCUUUAUUUCACAAAUGUCAAAUUAAAAUAAAUUUUUAAAAAAUCUUUGAACAAUAUUAUUAUUAUUAUUACUAUUAUUAUUAUUCACCCUUUAUUUCACAAAUGUUUUGCGAACAAUUAUGAGCCCGUUUCAUCAAUCAUCCCAGGAAGCCUAAAGCGCUUCUAAAAUUUCGUUUAAUUUUGGAGGAGCUAUCUACCCACGGUCGUUUCGUCAUUAUUUGCACACAAAAAAAUGUUAAUUAAACACAUAAUGAAAAUUUGAUGGUCACCUGAUGUAAAACUAGAAUCUACAUGUUACAUAAAUUAAUUUAGGAUGAUAUUUAAUCAUAUAAUUCAUGAUUAAUCAGAGUAAAUUGGGAGUAUUAUGGGCCUUGCCAUUUAUCAUGGAAAGGGAGAACUCGUGAUUUCGUUUGGUUCUGAAUAAAUUUAAAAAAAAAAAGAAAAGCUCACCAAUGUCAAUAAUUUAUGUGUUUAAAAAGAAAAUCCUUUAUAUUAACUUCGCUUUUUGUUUAUGUGUUUCUUUCUUUCUGGCUGAGUGUGCGGCAAAAUUUUCGGAGGGCUAAUUGACGCACUUCCCGUCUACCUAUCGAGCUGAAACUUGGCACAUAGACUCAUUGCAGAUAACAACACAUUCUAUCAAAUUUUCAGCCCCACCCCCCGGUCUUCAAAAAUCCGUUGUUGUUUUUUUCUGUUUUCCAAGGGAAAAGAUGAAAGAAAUAUUAUGUCAUCGAUUUCACAAAAUAGAAUUCCCGAUUCUGCGCUAAAUGAGAUUCUUUAAAAAAAAUAUCGCAAGUGCGUUUAGUGCGUAAUAUUUUCUUUUGUUUUUAUGAAAUAGUUGGUGAAAUAAAUCUGCGGUUGAAAAGCGAGUGGGUCUUUAGAAUAUUAAAAUAAAAUAACAACAAAUUUUGUAAAGUGUUUAUACGAAAAAACUUCGUUUUAAGGGCUGUUUAAUUUUUAUUUUAUUUUGACCGUUGUUGUGUAUUACUCUAGGACAGGCCCGCACAACUCAAAAUUUAAGGCGGGCUGUAAUACUUUAUGAAAAACUUGUGCGGGCCGUAAGAAAACAGGAUUCUUUUUUUUUUUUUUUUGGGGGGGGGGGUGGGUGGGGAAGCUACUAAGAGAAUAAUAAUAAUAAAGAAUAUUUCGUUACUUCGCGGGCCUCAAAGAAGGCGGGCCGUAUGCCGCCCGCGGGCCGUAUGUUGUGCAGGCCUGCUCUAGGGGUAUGCCGAUGACAUUCUCUCUAAUACGCUGAUCACAUUAGCACAGAGUCCUCUAAUAUUUAUUAUAAUAUUUUAUUACAAAAUACUUCACUCAAAACGAACGAACGUUGUUCAAUGAGCAAUGGAAGUUUGGCCAAAACAAUUUGCCAAAUAAGUUCUUUCAUUAAAGGCUAUUUUUCUUCACUCUCUGACUCGUUCUAUCCCUGCUCUGCCAACGUUUAUCCCCCUUUGUUCACACACAACAUUCUCUCAUCAUGCACAGCUCAUCAAAGAGUUCAUGAAUCAAACUCAAUAUGAACGCGACGGGACGUGGAUGGACCAAGACAAAGUCGACUCUUUAUUUGGCCUGUUGGUGGCAUUAAUCGGACUAGGGUCAGCUGCUGGGUCAAUGACAGCCAGCCAGUUAGCGGACUGUAUUGGCAGGUGAGCAGUGAUUAUAGUUAAGAUCAUAUUGUUUUCUACGCCAUGUGUUUGAGUACAUUUAAAGUAUUUGGACAGCUUUGAUGUGUUCUUGUCUAAAGCUGUUCCAGUAAUGUCACAGCAUUGAUGGGUACUUUAGGAUCUAAAACUUUAGAGUAAUUUCUGUAAAGGAUUCAAUUAUUCCACUUUCUGUUAUAUUUCUUACAAGACUUCUUUCUACGCACAUUUCCAUCUCGUGGGGCGCAGUCUCGUGUGUCUAGCGUAAUCUGUUUGUUUAGACAAGUGACAUGUUAAAAAGUUGCCGUGCCAUGUUCAUGUGCCAUGUUCAUGUGCCAUGUUCAUGUGCCAUGUUCAUGUGCCAUGUUCAUGUGCCAUGUUCAUGUGCCAUGUUCAUGUGUCAUGUUCAUGUGCCAUGUUCAUGUGCCAUGUUCAUGUGCCAUGUUCAUGUGCCAUGUUCAUGUGCCAUGUUCAUGUGCCAUGUUCAUCUGGGUCGACCAUAUCGCUUAAAUUUUCUUGGUAUAUGCGUCUGCUUCUCGGUUAAGUGAAUGGGUGGCUGGGUUAGCUCAGUUCUACUUUUUAGUUUUAUGCAUAGGUAAAGAGGUAAGUUACUUUAACUGGGAUUUUGUAAACAAUGGAUGCUGAAAAAGUAAAUAAUUCUACUUGUGUCGCUAAUUUAAAGAUUACAAUUCUAAUAAUAAAAGAUGGAGAAAAAAACCCCAACUAAAUUAUUAAAAAAAUUGACUCUCUAUCAAAGACGAGUUAAAAUGCAUUAUAAAGUAAAACAUGAUUUAAAAUUUAUUAAAAUGCGUUACACAAAAAUUUCUGUUCAGCAAAUAAUUCAAAAAUUAAUUUAAAAAAACAAACAACAUAAUUAACUUUCUUCUACAUUCAUUUCAAAUCAUUUGGCUACAUAUAGAGUGCUCAGCUACACUCAUGCACAGUCUUCCUUUGACUACCUAGAUCGCUCAUCUACACUCAUGCACAGUCUUCCUUUGACUACAUAGAUUGCUCGUAUACACUCAUGCACAGUCUUCCUUUGACUACAUAGAUUGCUCAUAUACACUCAUGCACAGUCUUUCUUUGACUACCUAGAGUGUUCAUCUACACUCAUGCACAGUCUUCGUUUGACUACCUAGAUCGCUCAUCUACACUCAUGCACAGUCUUCCUUUGACUACCUAGAGUGCUCUUCUACACUCAUGCACAGUCGUCCUUUGAAUAUCUAGAUUGCUCAUUUACACUCAUGCACAGUCUUCCUUUGACUACUUAGAUCGCUCAUUUACACUCAUGCACAGUCUUCCUUUGACUACCUGGAUCGCUCAUCUACACUCAUGCACAGUCGUCCUUUGCAUAAUACAUUUAAGAAAUUUUAGCAUUCGCUCAUUAAUUGUACAAUUCUUUGCAUUGGUACGCCAUUUUUUUCUAACAUCCUUAGCGAUGAGAUUAAAAUCCUAUUCACUGUAAACAAAUUCUUCAAAUUCUUGAACAGAAGUAGAGAUAUAACAACAGAUGGUAAGAUGUCGCUAAGUUCAAUAAGUGAUUUGUUCCCAUUCCACAGAGGCUAAUGGCACCUAAAUAUUAAAAAAAGACAAUGAAACAAGCGCGAUAAAAGCUAUUGAUGUGAACUAUUCAACUUCAAGUCAGAGGAGAUUAAAAAACAAAAAAUCACGAUCCAAGCAAUGCUAGCUGAGAUAAGCUUUCUAAAUAUAGCAGCACGGAGAUUGACAAAUGUUCUAACAUAUGAACUCAAAGGUGGUACUGUGUAACCGAUAAUUACCGAACCCAUCGCGUUCCUCGUAUGUCUUCGCGCGUUCUUCUGAUAAAUCGUGUUUUCUAAGUGUCGCCAAGAAACAAAUAAUAAUCACGACGGCUUCGACAAUUUUUGAAUCUGUCUGAAUUGUGGGACAUGUGAUAAUUAUUUAAAAAAUAAAAUAAACCCAAACCCAAACCCAAAACAUGUGGAAUUAUUUGGAGUAAACAUCAGGAGUAACAAGGGAUUAUGGUCAAGGGAUUAGGUUCAAGGGAUUAUGGUCAAGGGAUUAUGGUCAAGGGAUUAUGGUCAAGGGAUUAUGGUCAAGGGAUUAUGGUCAAGGGAUUAUGGUCUCAACAAGAAGAAGGAAGAAAAAGAAGAAGAUGUGUAUGCUCCUUAAAAUAGUUAACGCAUUUAUUAGGGUUAAUCUGUUGAUUGGGCAUAAAUAUAUAUACCUUAGCGUCCGCCAAACACUUUAAAGGGAUUGGUUUGCGUUGAAAAAAGGAUGCAGGGCUUCAAUAAUAGUGGAUGGUUGCAUAAGUCAUAUGUGCAUCUGAUCCCAGUAAAUCGGAUGCUAGGAGUUAACUCAAAAAGAUUUCAUUUAAGACUACGUCUAAUCAUUUCCCAACAGUAAUGCAAAAUUAUUGAGAUGUUUCUGUAUAUUUUUUUUUUUUUGGAACCUGCACCUUUAUUUCCAAAGACUGAUUUGUCCAAGGACAAAAAAAUAUAUAUAUUUAUUUUUAAAAUAUAUUUGAUUGGAUUCAAUGUAAUGAGAACUUCUCGUUCGUACACCAGAAAACAUGCGAUUCUCGUGGCCUCAUUGUCCGGAAUAGUCGGAGUUGUCUUGAUGGCUCUUUGUCGAGUUACGAAGUCUUACGAGAUCUUGUUGGUGGGCAGAGUGAUUACUGGAGUUACGUUAGGUGGGUACUUGUAAUCGUGUCGGAGUGCAGGUUGUUUACUGGAAUUACAAUAGGCAGGUACUUGUAAUCUUGUUGGCGGGCGGGUUGAUUAUUGGGGCUACAUUUGGCAGGUACUUGUAAUUGUGUUGGUGGGCAGAGUGAUUACUCGAGUUACAUUAGGCAGGUACUUGUAAUCGUAUUGGUGGGCAGAGUGAUUUCUCGUGUUACAUUAGGUAGGUUCUUGUAAUCGUAUUGGUGGGCAGAGUGAUUUCUCGUGUUACAUUAGGUAGGUUCUUGUAAUCGUAUUGGUGGGCAGAGUGAUUUCUCGUGUUACAUUAGGUAGGUUCUUGUAAUCGUAUUGGUGGGCAGAGUGAUUUCUCGUGUUACAUUAGGUAGGUUCUUGUAAUCGUAUUGGUGGGCAGAGUGAUUUCUCGUGUUACAUUAGGCAGGUUCUUGUAAUCGUAUUGGUGGGCAGAGUGAUUUCUCGUGUUACAUUACGUAGGUUUUUGUGAUCGUAUUGGUGGGCAGAGUGAUUACUGGAGUUACAUUAGGUAAGGUGGUGGAUCGUGUGUUGUUUUUUUUGAGUUAUAUUUAAAAGGAUUACCACACCACAUCUGGUUUACUGUGUAGCAUGAAAUAAAUCUCACUGGCGACCCAAAAAUUGUUGAACGGAAUAUCUUGAUGACUCAUGAUGUCUCCCUUCUCAAAACACUUAGUACAGCAACUGACAUUUCCCAUUUUAAACUUCCAUCUAAUUUGAGCCAUGUGUUAAAAAAAAACACAAAAAAACAAAAACAAACCAGUCUUAUUUGUUCGUCUCUGUGCGCCGUUGUUCCAUCUAGGAUGGGGUUACACCAUCGCACCGGCCUACGCCGUGGAGAUGUCUCAGCCAUCCAUGAGAGGAAGCGUGGCGCUCAUCAACCAGUUGUUUCAGAGCUUCUCAUUCGUCAUCGCCCAGGUGAUGGGCUACAUGGAGUUGCUAGGCAACGACGAACACUGGCAUCUGCUUUUGGGUGAGUAGCCACCGAGUGUUGAAAUCAGUCUUUACAGAGCAGAAAAGAACCUAAACAUAUUAAUAAUUUCAGAAAACUUAUUAAGGUAUAGUUGACGAGGCAUCAUCUGAUUUUGCCUGGAGAGGAAAAUAAUUGUAUAGAAAAAGCAUUAGGAUCAAAGAAUACCCCCCCCCCCCCAACCUUUUUUUUGUACACACACACAAACUCUUCCUAAGAAUUAGUUAUACAUUCUUUUUACACAUGUGCUCUUUCCUCACAGGAUUUCCGGUUAUUUUCUUUGGCCUACAACUGAUCAUUUUCCCAUUCUGCCCGGAAAGCCCAAGGUACCUGUUAAUGAAGAAAAAUGAUAUCGCCGGAGCCACUAAAGGUAAUCGAAUUCAAAAUAAAAGAAAAUUAUGAUAUCGCUAGAGCCACUAAAGGUCAUCGAAUUUAUAAUAACGAAAAUUUUUAUAUCGCUGGAGCCACUAAAGGUAAUCGAAUUUAAAACAAAAAGAUAUCGCUAGAGACAAUGAAGGUAAUCGAAUAUUAAAUAAAGACGAUUUCGAUAUCGCUGGAGCCACUAAAGGUAAUCGAAUUUAAAAUAAUUUUGAUAUCGCUGGAGCCAACUGUGUUUACGCUUGAUGUUAUUAGUUAUUUAGUGAAAUACGUCAUACAGACAUAUAUGCAGCUGGGUGGUUGCUUUGAUCAACCGCUGACAACAACCCCCCCCCCUUUUCCUUUUCAAAUAGCCUACUCUGGCGUGGUGAAGGGGGCUUAUAAUACACCCUCCUUUCGAAGUGAUAUCCUCGACGUGGGGGAGGGGGCUCACAGUACCUCUUCCUUAACUUACCUUGACGUGAUUGAGGGGACUCACAGUACCUCUUCCUUAACUUACCUUGACGUGAUUGAGGGGACGCACAGUACCUCUUCCUUAACUUACCUUGACGUGAUUGAUGGGCAUACGGACAAAAGAGCCAGGCUAACGGGUUCACAGACUGCAUGCAUGGUUGGAUGGUUUUAGCAUGGGGCAAGGGACUCAGCAAAGUAAAAAAAAAAAAAAAUAACUGCUACAAAAUCAUUAACAAAUUCUACUUCAUGCCCGACAUCAUUAGAGAAGGAGGGCUCUGUGAAGGGGAUCCUGAAGUGACUGGGUCAAAUCUGAAAGGAGGCUGAGUUGCAGACUACGUCCUUUUCACUGAGGAAAAUCACCAGGUUGGCAACUGGAAUGUACGCAUAAAAAUGGAGAUGGGGAAAGUUAUCAGGUGGCCGCCGCAGAGAUGAGACUUUACAGCAUAAGUAAGACUGGACAGAGUUGGAGAGCGUUGGUGGAGACAGCUAGAGACCGGAAAGCUGGGAAAGAAAUUGUUUAUGUCUCUCCUGGGGGUUGAAAACGCAAUGAAGAAGAGAAGCAGCUCACGUUACGACAUCAGAUAAAAUGAUCAAGACCAAGAUAAUUCCUUUAUUUGUCUAAACAUUAAGGAUAACGUACUUUAUUAAUAAAAUCCACAACUCUUAACUUGCAUGAGAUGGAUUUGUGUGAUGGAUAAUUUGUGUGGAUAAUUUGUGUGGAUAAUUUGUGUGGAUAAUUUGUGUGGAUAAUUUGUGUGGAUAAUUUGUGUGGAUAAUUUGUGUGGAUAAUUUGUGUGGAUAAUUUGUGUGGAUAAUUUGUGUGGCUAAUUUGCCGGUAAUGUAGAAAGUUGGGCUAGAGUUGAAUGUUCAAUAUGUGUUGGUUAACGAAUGCGUUUUAAACACGCCAGCGAGCGCAUUGUUCGGUUACAGUGCAGAUAAGAGCGGACUUUGGAAUCAUUUCAUAAACAUGUGUUAUCAUCGGAAAUACAUUACAGCGCCUUGUCUGAGUUUGACAUUGGCUUUUCCGCAUUGCUAAAUCACUCAUUAAAUACAACAGCAAAUUGUUUUAAACUUACGCCUAAAGUAGCGGUAGGUUUGAAGUUUAAGAGGAUAGAGCCCAAGGAUAGAGCCCAAGGAUAGAGCCCGAGGAUAGAGCUCAAGGAUAGAGCCCGAGGGGGGGCCGAGAAGGGGGGACCUCGAGGAGCGGGGAGGCCGAGGAGAGCACGAGGAUAGAGCCCGAGGAUAGAGCCCGAGGAUAGAGCCCAAGGAUAGAGCCCGAGGGGGAGCCCGAGGGUAGAGCCCAAGGGUAAAGCCCGAGGGUAGAGCCCGAGGGUAGAGUCUGAGGGUAGAGCCCGAGGAGAGCCCGAGGGUAGACCCCGAGGGUAGAGUCCGAGGAUAGAGUCCGAGGAUAGAGUCCGAGGAUAGAGUCCGAGGAUAGAGCCUGAGGAUAGAGCCCGAGGGUAGAGUCCGAGGAUAGAGCCCACGAUAUAUCAAACAUAUUAACCGGAUACUUGUUAACAAAUAGUUUAGUUGAAAUAUAUCAGCUUUACGGAUGAUAACAUUUUAUUAUGUGAGCAUUAAACACCACAACAUUCUAUCUGACUGAUUAGCUCUACAGACUAUAACAUUCUAUAACUGUGAACCUGAUCAGCUCUACAAAAUAUAAAAUUCUAUUUGAUCAGCUCUAAAAAAUAUAACAUUCUAUCAGAUCAGCUCUACAAGCUUAACAUUCUUUCUGAUCAGCUCUAAAAAAAUAUUACAUUCUAUCUGAUCAGCUCUACAGACUAUAACAUUCUCUAUGAUCAGCUCUACACUCUAUAACAUUCUAUCUGAUCAGCUCUACAGACUAUAAGAAACAAGAAAGAUGUUAGCAAAGAUAUCGCACUACUCCACUCUGAGUUGAAAGAUUCAGCCACUGAUGCUGAGGUGAGCAUUGUACAACUUACUUUGACUAGGAUGCGCUGAAGUACUACUUACUUUGACUGGAAUGAGCCAAAUAUAGCACUUACGUUGGCUAGGAUGAGCCCUUAAUUUGAAUAGGAUAAACCAAUUGUACUACUUACUUUGACAAGGAUGAGCCAAAUGUAACGCUUACUUUGACUGGGUUGAGCUAAAUGUACAACUUAAUUAGACUGGAAUGAGCUAAAUGUACAACUUAAUUAGACUGGAAUGGGCUAAAUGUACAACUUAAUUUGACUGGGAUGAGCUAAAUGUACAACUUAAUUAGACUGGAAUGAGCUAAAUGUACAACUUAAUUAGACUGGGAUGAGCUAAAUGUACAACUUAAUUAGACUGGGAUGAGCUAAAUGUACAACUUAAUUAGACUGGGAUGAGCUAAAUGUACAACUUAAUUAGACUGGGAUGAGCUAAACGCAACGCUUACUUAGAUCAAUGUUUUUGUUAAUGCAAUUAAGGAGGGCGUGGUUAAAUAAAUGGCUUUCAAUAACAUUUGAUGCCAGCUAUCAGUACAUAGUAGAUACUCUUUGAGAAUGAGACUUUCUGUUUGUUGAAUGAGAUUUUUUGUUUGUUGAACGAAACUUUCUGGUUGUUGAAUGAAACUAUCUGGUUGUUGAAUGAAACUUUCUGUUUGUCGAACAAACUAUUUGUCUUUGGUUUUUUUUCUUUCAAGAAAUCAAUCAGGAAGCCUAGAUAUAAAAUAAAUGAUAUGACGUGCAAAUAAGUGACGCCACUUCCCAUCAGUUUAAUUUAAUUGGUCCUUUAUAUACACGACUCUACAGUAAGUUUCAGUGAAGUUUUACAUUGAUUUACGAGACUCGAUCAAAUUAAUUUUUUUUUUUUUUAAAUUCACUCCAAGUCGUCACUUGAUCUCAGAAGUGUCUAGAAGUAAUAAAUAGAAGAUCAUUCAUUUCAUUAUUGUAUUCAUUAUUUACAGGUCUCCGUCUUACAACUGUUUAAAAGUAAAAUCCUGAGACGUCCAUUGAUCAUUGCCAUCGUGAUGGGCCUACAACAGAACUGGUGUGGACAGAACGGGGUGAGAUUAGUCACUUGAUUUUAAAACUUUACAUGGCAAAUAGUGGCGUCAAUAAGGGGUUGCGGGCCGCACUGGGUGGCACCCUCACAUGGGGUGACGCCCUAUGAAAAAUUUAAAAUUUGGCAGUGCUUGCUCGAGUCGGUUUCAUAAUAUAUUUUAGUUUACAAGAGCAGGGUGCCUCCAGACAGAGUGAUAUCUGUACACAGUGCCCAGGAGAAGAGUGGCAUAAGAACAGGUGCAACAAGAAGGUGGUGCCACAAGAAGGGGUGUCACAAGAACGUGGAGCAAUAAGAACGUCUAAUGCCUUUUCCCCAUAAGAUCAAGGGCUUAGCAGGUCAUCAUUUAGCAGGUCAUCAUUGAGCAGGUCAUCAUUUAGCAGGUCAUCAUUUAGCAGGUCAUCAUUUAGCAGGUCAUCAUUGAGCAGGUCAUCAUUUAGCAGGUCAUCAUUUAGCAGGUCAUCAUUGAGCAGGUCAUCAUUUAGCAGGUCAUCAUUGAGCAGGUCAUCAUUUAGCAGGUCAUCAUUUAGCAGGUCAUCAUUUAGCAGGUCAUCAUUUAGCAGGUCAUCAUUGAGCAGGUCAUCAUUUAACAGGUCAUCAUUUAGCAGGUCAUCAUUUAGCAGGUCAUCAUUGAGCAGGUCAUCAUUUAGCAGGUCAUCAUUUAGCAGGUCAUCAUUUAGCAGGUCAUCAUUUAGCAGGUCAUUAUUUAGCAGCUGUCAUCAUUUAGCAGGUCAUCAUUUAGCAGCUGUCAUCAUUUAGCAGGUCAUCAUUUAGCAGCUGUCACUACAGAAAACAAUAAGUACAAAAUGGUAUUUAAAUUCCCCUCACAUAUUGUAUGUUUAAAAUCAUGUUGGACAGCACACCUGACAGACUCCUAUCCUAUCAAACACUGACAGGCCUAUAAGGUGUGUUGAUAUGUGACAAUUCACGAUGGGAAAGUUGAAGUGAUCAAAGUGUUUCUAGGGUUCGUUUCCCCUUUUAAAAGGCAAAUUGAACAAGCUGAUGACCUUAAUUCUGACACUCUUAAAAAUAAAUGGAAGUGCUGGACUAGACAUGGUGAUGUGACGAGUGCUAUGAUGAACUAGACAUGAUGACGUGACGAGUGCUGUGAUGAACUAGACUAGAGACCGACCGAAUUUGGCUUCGGCUUCGGUUCCGGCCGAAAGACAAAAGUUAACUUUCGGUUUUUUUUCGGUUUCGGGCGAAAUUGACUUAGACUUUCGGCCAUCCGGCCGAAAGUGAGUGAGGUUUCGGUCAUCUAAUAUUCGGCGAAGGCGAUAUUUAACAACAAACUAAGCGGUAUUUAAGAACAAACUAAACGAUGUUUAAGAACAAAUUAAGCGGUCUUUAAGAACUAAUUAAGCGAUCUUUAAGAGCAAACUAAACGAUCUUUAAAACCACAUAAAGCGAUCUUUAAAAACAAAUAAAUUGAUCUUUAAGAACAAAUUAAGCGAUCUUUGAGAACAAACCAAACAAUAUUUAACAAUAAACUAAGCGACAUUUAAGAACAAACUAAACGAUCUUUAAAACAAACUAAGCGAUCUUUAAGAACAAUCUAAGGGAUCUUUAAUAACAAACUAAACGAUUUUUAAGAACGAACUAAGUAAUCUUUAAGAACAAAACAAAUGACCUUGAAUAGUAAACUUAAUUAUUUAUAAGAAUAAACUAAGCGAUCUUUAACAGAAAACUGAAUGUUCUUUAGGAACAAACAAAAGGUCUUUAAGAACAAAAUAAACGAUCCUAAAGAAAAAACUAUUGAUCUUUAAGAUCAAACUAAUCGAUCUUAAGGAACUAAAUCAAUUAACUUUAAGAACAAACUAAGCGAUCUUUGUGAAAAAACUAAGCGAUCUUCAACAACAAUUUAAGAAAUCUUUAAGAACAAACUAAACGUUUCUUAAUAACAAGCUAAAAGAUCUAUAAAAACAAACUAAAUGAUCUUUAAGAAAAAACUGAAUGAUCUUUAAGAACAACGAAGCGAUAUUUAAGAACAAAUUCAAUGAUCUUUAAGAACAAACUAAGCGAUCCUUAUGAACAAACUAAACGAUCUUUUAAUAACACAAACUAAGCGAUUUUUAAAAAAAAACUUAGCUAUCUUAAAAAACAAAAUGAUCGAUUUUGAACAACAAACUAAGCGAUCUUUAAGAACAACCUAAAUGAUCUUUAACAACAAACUAAGCGAUCUUUAAGAACAACCUAAAUGAUCUUUAACAACAAACUAAGCGAUCUUCAAGAACAACCUAAAUGAUCUUUAACAACAAACUAAGCGAUCUUUAAGAACAACCUAAAUGAUCUUUAACAACAAACUAAGUGAUCUUUAAGAACAACCUAAAUUAUCUUUAAGAACAAAUUAAGCGAUCUUUAAGAUUAAAUUGGCGAUCUUUUAGAACAAACGAAUCGAUCAUUAACCAUAAACUAAACGAUCUUUAAGAAGAACAAAUGGUUCGCAGGUCGCGAGUUUGAGAUCCCUAUUUUUGAUGCAUUUUUAUUAAUAUUCACGAUUAUCUCAUUUUUUAUGAAAAGAAUGUACAUAUUUAUACUUUCCCCCAUCAUUUUCAAAGUAUGCAGAAUGUAUACGGGAACGAAUUUCAAAAUAUCUAAAUUUUUCAUUUUCGGUUUCGGCUUCGGCCGAAAGUCAUUUUUAACUUUCGGCCUUUUUUCGGUUUCGGCUGAAAGUCAUUUUAAACUUUCGUCCUAUUUUCUGCUUCAGCCGAAAUCAGAAAAUCACUUUCAGUCGGUCUCUAAACUAGACAUAAUGAUGUGACGAGCUGAUAUUAAUAGACAUGAUGAUGUGACGAGUGCUCUGAUGGACUAGACAUGAUGAUGUGGUCUAGCUGAUAUUUAUGGACUGGACAUGAUGAUGUGCCGAGAUCAAGGUUAGGAUAAUGCUGCAACAAAAGAAAUUGCAUAAAAUCAUUUAUAAUGAUAUGAAGACCAUUCACAUAACUUUUGGGGUCAACACUUUUUUGCUGAAAAUCCAUCACAUUUUGUUUGGAAUGCUAUAGAGUAAUUAUUUCCUUAUCUCCUGUGAAAAGACUAUCAAGAACACGUUGGAGUGCUCAACAUGCGGCUGUGUUGUGGAAAAUGAAGCUCUAUUCGACCCUCUUGAAAAUGUGGACACACGAGGUGUAGAACAAAGUCCUGGACACAUGAGGUACAGAAUAAAGUCUUGGACACACGAGAUACAGCACAAAGUCAUGGACACACGAGGUUCAGUACAAGGUCUUGGACACAUGGGGUACAGCACAAAGUCUUAGACACCCGAGGUAAAGCACAAAGUCUUAGACACACGAGGUACAGCAAAAAGUCUUAGGAACAUGAGGUAAAUCACAAAGUCUUGGACACACGAGGUGCAUCACAAAGUCUUGGACACACAAGGUACAACACAAAUUCUUGGACACACGAGGUGCAGCACAACGACUUGGACACACGAGGUAAAGCACAAAGUCUUAGACACAAGAGGUACAGCAAAAAGUCUUAGGAACAUAAGGAACGGCACAAAGUCUUAGACACACGAGUUACAGCACAAAGUCUUAGGAACACGAGGUAAAGCACAAAGUCUUGGACAUACGAGGUACAGAACAACGUGUUUAGCGAAUUGUGCGAAGAAAAAAGAUGGCGAUGCUUUACGGAAGAUCAAGAGAUAUUGUGGAGAGUUCGGAUCACGACCGACUGAUCAAAGAGCCGGGCGCGUCAGAUCUCGCAGCAGGGUUACCGGCCAUCUGACCAGGGUAUUUCCCUGGGACGACUGGUUGGUACUGGGAGGCGCCGACGGAUCAAGGGGCGGGCGCGUCAGAUUACAGACCUGGGAAGGAACUCUAUGGACCAGGGACUUAUUAAUAGGGACCUCUGGACAGGACUAGGAGAACAGCGGACGGACAAAGAAGCGGACAUAGCAGAGAGAGCUCCGACGUUAGAAGAAGAGGGCAGUCAGAGUUGCGAGAUGAGAGAAAGUAUAAGCGAAGUGUCAGCCUAAUAAAGAACACGAUUUUAAUCAUUAAAUGUUAUCGCCUGAGUUGGUUCCUUAGUGAAUACCAGAUAUAGAUGAAGGUUAGCAGAGAGCAAGCAAGGUUUCCUUACAAUAUCAAGAAAGUAGCAGCUAUUUUUGAGGUCAUUCAAGCAACGAGUCUACUAUUGGCAACGGAAGAAAAGCUACAGGUGUCCUUUCCCUAACUGAACAUUUUCUAUGAUCAAUUAUCUGACAGUUAACUUUCAAUCGAAAUAUUAAGGCUGAGAAGGGACAUGAAAGCAACACAUAUUUUAAAACCUAUAAAGGAACAUCUACGAUCUACCAUGGAACAGUCCAAGCUUUAUGUUCUAGUGAUUUUAAAAAUUGAAAGUGAUGAGGUGAAGAAUGUUGAUUUUGAUGAAGUGAUUGAUACAUUUUCAUCUUUGAAGAACAGAACCCCCAACCUGUCGAUGCUCUUCUGGGUAAAUGGGUCCCAGACUGAAGAAGCGUAAUCUAAAAGCAGCGGACAAAGGCUUAUACACUGGAGUUGCCGAUCUUUAGAUUUUGCCUUAAGAACCCUGGUGUCUUGUUUGCCUGUUUGCACACAUUAACAUAUCACUGUAAAGUUUAAUGUUUCAAUAAAACGUACUUUUGUUUUAUUUUGUAAACCCUGUGUCCUAAAAUUCCAUGUUUUCUUCCCACGUCAUUUGGUGCUCUCGGAGUAAAUUAAAUAACAAUACUAGAAGCGAUUCUGCAUGAUCUUGUUCAUAAUUACUUGGUGCGGGCCCAGUUGGCGGGGGGGGGGGGGGGGGGGGGGGUUGACAGCAUGAGUUUACUGCCAGGGGGGACACCAACCCUUGUGACGCCUCUGCAUGCAAAUUUAGCCGCAUUCUUAUUAAAUUGUUCUUUUUUUAGUUAUGAUGUAGUUGUAAAUUCAAAUUACAUAAUUAAUUUAAAUAAAUAUAUUCACAAUGUCUUGUCUUAUUAACCAACCCUACAGAGGCGUAGCGAGGGUGUUUGGCGCCCGGGAACAAGAUUCGCACCCGGGGACAAAAUCCAUCUUUUUUUUCAACUCUCAAACCCAUAAUUUUUACAAAUAACAUAAUAUCAAAGCACAUUUUGGCGCCCCUAACUAGCUUGCCCCUGGGGACAUCUGCCCCCCUGCCCCAACUCGCUACGCCUCUGCAACCCUAGCCUUAAAGACAAACGUUACUCGUUUUUAAUCAUUCACUUUGAUUACAUACACAAUGAAAAAUAGUUUUUAUCAAUUACGUUAAAAAUUAUUUUUUUUAUAAUCUCGCCCCCCCCCUUUUUUUUUCCCCCGGAUAUUUUUUUCAUCAUUUAAAUUAAAAAACAACAACUACGACUUGUAAUUUUUCUUCUUUGAACCUUCUUUGAACCUUCAACAGAUCCUUUUUUUCUCAACACAACUCUUCAAAUCGACUGGCCUCAGCGAAAGAAACGCUAGGUACGCUACUUCCGGUACCGGAACUACUUUCUUCGUCUUCAAUCUGAUCGCGGUCCUCCUGUUGUCCAGAUUUGGGCGCAAGACUCUGUUUCAGUUCGGAGUCGUCGGAAUGGCCGUGUGCUCCGGCACGGUCGCACUGACGAUGGUGUUUCAAGUACGUCAUUCUACGUUUGUAUUUCAUGUCAUAUCUAUUUUAAACAGAACAUAAAUUGCUUAAGCCGGUUGGUCUUACCGGGGAACUGGACCCAGUCUAUUUUUACAGGGCAGAAUUUUAAGUUCGCUGUCUCUGCAUAAUAUUAGACACAAUCAUUUCUAUAAACAUGGGUGUGCGUGUCAGUGACGCCAGUGUAAGUGCGCAUGCGCAUUGCUCACCUGGCAGUUAACUAACUUAACAGGGAUGCGGGAGUCCAUGUGGACCAAAGAUAUCGCUCGUUCAUUGGUUCGAAAGUUAAAGUAAGGUCAACCAAAUCGGUCUGUCUCAUAGUCAACUGACAUUACAGUCUAUAUGUGGUAAGAAACACACAAGAAUUAGUCUGUAUCAUGGUAAACAAACAUAAAGUCUAUCUCAGGUCAACUAACAUACAAUUGUCAUAGAGUGUAUGUUGACCUACUUUUUAUUCACCACAUGCGGUGGGAUUCAACCUUACCUCCCCUCCCCUUUUUUGUUUUGUUUUUUUGAAGUCACCGAUUAAAGGUGUAGCAUUUCCCCACUCUCCCUUGAUUGGGAAAAGGUUGUUUACGUUCGAAUACGUUCUAAUUUGCUCUAAAGAAUGCUAUCACGUUACGCAAUGUCUAGAGUUUCAUUUCUGGAGGGUUCCAAAUAACUCCCCAUAAAUAAGCACACAUUUACGAGACGAAAUAUACAAACAAGAUUGUAUUCUUUAUGCGUGUGUGUAAAUUAAUAUUUGUAGCUUUCGAGGAUUGUACUCUUUCACUUGCUGUGCUGUUAAUAUGGUUUUUAUUUCUAUUUAAUUUUGUAUUCUUUAUACAACUCAAAUAGUAUAAUUAAAUGAAAUAUUGUUAGUAUCAUCAGCUUUGGUAUAGUUUUUCUUUGUAUACUGAUUUUCAGUCCUUUCAUACGUAUUGUUAAAAAAAAAAACGAGCCAAAUCAUAAAGCAAAUUAUAUUUACAAAAAACCAUACAAGGGUACGUAACACAAUCUAUCUCAGGUCAGAAUAUGGUUCAAGAUAAAGAAUCCCAUCAGGCCAGGAGAUGGAUAAUCUUUUCAGUGAACAUUGGAACUUAUACAUUAAAUAAGUUAUAUGUAUUUGUUUAGAAAUGCUACACUUUGGCUACAUCGCUGAUUUGACCAACAAUGUUUCAUUGCGUCAACAGGAGCAGGUGGAGGCACUGAAGUAUGUCAACAUCGUCGUGUCGCUCAUGAUCAUCGCCUUCUACUCCCUGGGGCCGAGUGAGUCAUUGGUUCAUUCACGUUAUAAGAAACAAUAUCUGACAAGGCCCUAACCCUCGUGGUGAUCAUAAUCACUCAUUGCUGCACAUAUCACUCACUGCUACUAAUAUCACUCACUGCUACACAUAUCACUCACUGCUACACAUAUCACUCACUGCUACACAUAUCACUCACUGCUACACAUAUCACUCAUUGCUACACAUAUCACUCACUGCUACACAUAUCACUCACUGCUACACAUAUCACUCACUGCUACACAUAUCACUCAUUGCUACACAUAUCACUCAUUGCUACACAUAUCACUCACUGCUACACAUAUCUGUCACUGCUACACAUAUCACUCACUGCUACACAUAUCACUCACUGCUACACAUAUCACUCACUGCUACACACAUCACUCACUGCGACACAUAUCACUCACUGCUACAAAUAUCACUCACUGCUACACAUAUCACUCAUUGCUACACACAUCACUCACUGCUACACAUAUCACUCAUUGCUACACACAUCACUCACUGCUACACACAUCACUAACUGCUACACAUAUCACUCACUGCUACACAUAUCACUCAUUGCUACACAUAUCACUAAUUGCUACACAUAUCACUCACUGCUACACAUAUCACUCAUUGCUACACAUAUCACUCAUUGCUACAUAUAUCACUCACUGCUACACAUAUCACUCAUUGCUACACACAUCGCUCACUGCUACACAUAUCACUCAUUGCUACACAUAUCACCCACUGCUACACAUAUCACUCACUGCUACACAUAUUACUCACUGCUACACAUAUCACUCAUUGCUACACACAUCACUCAUUGCUACACAUAUCACUCAUUGCUACACAUAUCCUUCAUGGUAUGCUAUUCACUCAUCGUAGCCACCAACAAAAGAGUGCUGGUGCCUGGGACAAAACUGCUGUCCAGGAACCCUACUUCCGAAAGAAUAUCUUUAUGAAAACUAUCCAUUCCAUACCUCAGAUCUAUCGGCAAGAUUUGUACUAGAUCCUUUGGCAAGAUCUAUACUAGGUCCAUUGGCAGAUCUGUACUUUAUCCUUUGACAAGAUCUGUGUUAGAUCUUUUAGCAAGAUCUGUACUCUGUACCAUCGGGGAGGUAUCUUCAAUUCGCCCACCUCCUCCCCACACCAGUAAACCACAUGAACCUACACGGCCUGCGCUAUCAUAUGAAGAACUCUAUUGUAAACCUUUAUAUUGUUCAGAUACAUCUAUAAGGUUAACAUGGGUAGUAUGUGCAAUUUUUUAAAAUGGCAGCAUCUUUAAUGUAAACUGACAAUUAUCUUUGUGUCUCCAGUUUGUGUGUUCUGGGUCAUGCUGAGUGAGUUGUUCCCCCACAGUGCCCGGGGAACUGGGUUCAGUAUCGCCAUCUUGUGUGCCAUGCUUGGUUUCUUCUCUCACUGUUAUAUUUUCCCGCUGCUAUUGGUAAGAACAAAUAAAUAAUAAUGAGAUGAAUGGUUGUGAGUUCAAUGGUAGUGAGAUGAGAUGAAUGGUAGUGAGAUGAGAUGAAUGGUAGUGAGAUGAGAUGAAUGGUAGUGAGGUGAAUGGUAGUGAGAUGAAUGCUAGUGAGAUGAGAUGAAUGGUAGUGAGAUGAGAUGAAUUUUAAUGAGAUGAGAUGAAUUUUAAUGAGAUGAGAUGAAUGGUAGUGAGAUGAAUGGUAGUGAGAUGAAUGGUAGUGAGAUGAAUGGUAGUGAGAUGAAUGGUAGUGAGAUGAAUGGUAGUGAGAUGAAUGGUAGUGAGAUGAAUGGUAGUGAGAUGAAUGGUAGUGAGAUGAAUGGUAGUGAGAUGAAUGGUAGUGAGAUGAAUGGUAGUGAGAUGAAUGGUAGUGAGAUGAAUGGUAGUGAGAUGAAUGGUAGUGAGAUGAAUGGUAGGUAUUAAGAGUAAAGAAAGUGUGUAUGUCAGUAUGCCACUUAGGAUCCGUGGAUUUGUAUGGAUGUCAGUCUGCCACUUAGGAUCUAUGGAUAUGUGUGGAUGUCAGUCUGGCAAUAAAGAUCUGGAAAAAAAAUUCUAAGGCUCAUCAUUACAUCAAACUGAAAUCUUUUCUUUCCUUUCCGCUAAUCCAGUCCAAGCUAGAUUCCUACACCUUCUUCGUCUUCUGUGGCAUAGACUUACUGAUGGCGAUAUUUGUGUAUUUCUACGUCCCUGAGACCAAGAAUAAAACUUUUGCGGAGAUCGCCAAGUCCUGGGCGCCCAUGGAAUCGUUCGACAACCCGUUAACACUGAGCACGAGCUACAACCAAGAGAUCAUAGUCAAAGGGACGGACUCGACAGUUUUUAGCGCUGACGAAACACAUGAAGAGAAUAAAAAGUUUUAGAAAGAU